AUGGCCGCCGAUCUGCCGAAACCCUCCUCUGAUCCCCACCCGGAUCCGGCGGCGCCGGCACCGGCCCGCGGCUGCCGCCUGCCCUUGGCCACCGUGGGGAUCCUUGUCGCCCUCGGGCUCAACCUCGCGCUCUGCCUCCGCCUCCGCCUCCGCCGCGGCGGCCAUGACCUCGCCUUCGUCGGCCUCUCGCACCUCAACCUGCUCCUCCUAUUCCUCUCCCUCCGCCGCUUCGAGCGCGCGCCGCCAGGGUCCGCGGCGCGGGGCCGCGCCAUGCUCGCCGUGUGGCUCCUCACCGCCACGCUCACCGCCGCCUUCACCUGGAAGAUCGGCGCGCUCAUGCCGCUGGCCUUCGCGGUCGCGGCGUGGGUCAUGGCCGCCGCCACCGUGCUUGGUGGCUUCUGCAUGCUGUUCCUCCUCCAUGGCGACAAGUGA